ACACGACCAGACUGAAAGCCGAAAACAAUAAUUUAUAUAACAGGCGGCUGCUGAGCAGCAUGUCGUUGUUGGAGUUGCUCGCGCUGCCAGCCGCCGACCCCAAAGACACCGCCGCGGCGGAGGCGGCCCUGGCGGCGGCGGCGCGCGCGGCCGGCGGCGGCGGCACGGGCGGCGUUGUGGGCGGCGGCGGUGGCGGUGGCGGUGGCGGUGGAGGCGGCGGCGGCCCGUCAGUGGCGGCGGCGGCGGCGGCGGCGGCGGCGGCGGCGGCGCCUGCGAGUUGUGACUUGCCGCUGAGUGCGGUGUUUGAGUCGCUGGGGCGGCAGUGCUCCGUGUUCAAGCGUUCGGCACAGGAGAUGGCGGACGGCGGCGCCGAAGACGAUAUAGCGGCGUUGGGCUUGGCUCUGGAACUGGGGGCGCUGGCGGAGGAGGCGGCGGGCGGCGCGGCCAUGUGGCGGGCCCUCAACAACAGCGGUGGAGAUGGAGGAGGAGGAGGAGGAGGAGGUGGAGGAGGUGGAGGAGGUGGAGGAGGAGGUGGAGGAGGCGGCGGAGGUGGAGGAGGAGGUGGGGACGCAGGCCUGCUGGCAGCCCUCCUGGCACCUCACCUGGUGCGGGGCGGCGCACCCGCCGCCACGCCCGGGAACAGCGCCGGCGCCGGCGGCGGCGCCGCAGACGCCGAUGCCGCCAACGGCGGUAACGGCGGCGCCCAUGGCGCCAGUGAGACACAGGCAGCAAAGCGGCAGCGCCGUGCCGGCGGCGCUGGCGCUGCUGCUGCUACUGCCGACGCAGACGCGGCCGCUGCUGCUACUGCUGCUGCGGCGGCGGCGGCGUUGGCCCGGCGCAAGGGGGCGUAUGUGGAGGAGAUGCGGGGGCUGCAGUUCCGCGAGGUCGCCCUCAUGGACGACCACUACUUCAGGCGCAAUAUCGCCGGCAACGGCGGCGGCGGCGGCGGCGGCCCCUCCCACGGGCACCUGCCGUACCCAGGUGGCGGCGGCGGCGGCGGCAAGCUGGCGGGCGGGGAGGUGAUGCGGCAGAGGCUCAAGCGCAUCACAGGCGAGAUCAGCGGACUGGCCACUGGCCUGCCGUUGGACUGGGACGCGGCCGUGUUCGUGGCGGUGGACGAACACCGGGUGGACGUGCUCAGGGCGCUGCUGAUCCCCUCCUCCGACACGCCCUACGCCAACGGCGCCUUUGUGUUCGACAUAUGGCUGCCGCCCUCCUACCCGGCACUCCCGCCCCAGGUCCAGUUCCUGACCACGGGCGGCGGCAAGGUGCGCUUCAACCCAAACCUGUACAACGACGGAAAGGUGUGCCUGUCCCUGCUGGGCACGUGGCAGGGCCCCUCCUGGGACCCCGCCAUCUCCAGCGUGCUGCAGGUGCUUGUGUCCAUCCAGUCCAUGAUCCUAGUGGCCGACCCCUACUACAACGAGCCCGGCUGGGAGGCCCAGGCCCACAGCCCCACGGGUCGCCAGGCGGCAGCCGACUACUCCGCCAGCCAGCGCUACAACACACUCGCCUUCUCCAUCCUGCCCGCCCUGCAGACCGCAGUGGCAGGGAAGAAUGCGUUGGCAGGUGGCGCCACCUUUGCCGACGUGCUGCGCCGACACUACGCCGCGCACAAGCCCGAGCUGUUGGCGCAGUGCGAGGCGUGGCAGCGCGAGGCGGCGGCGUGCGCGGAGGCGGCGAAGGAGGCGGAGGCAGUGAAGCGGGCGGAGAAGGAGGAGCGGGAGGCGGUGGCGGCGGCGUGGCAGGGCGGGCGGAGCGGAGGAGGAGGACGCGGCGGCGGCGGCGGAGGGAGGGCAGGCGGCGGCCGAGGAGGGCCGGCGCCGGGGCUUGGGGAAGGCUAUUGGCUGAUGGACCUGCACGUGCUUACGGAGACUGCGAAGACGCAGGCCAAGCUGUCCACCUAUGUGGAUCAGGUCGUGCCGCAGAUCCGCAAACUGCUGGAGCAGCUGUGAGCAUUAGCGGGUUCGAGCGGGCAGCUGUUGAAUUCGCAUGUGUGUCAGUGUGUGGUUGGGUGUGAUACACGUUACGGCGCCCGUAUGUGAAUGUGUUUCGUAGUUGUGCGUAUGUGUGUGUAUGUGUUUCGUUGUUUUGCGUGCGUAUGUGUGUAUAUGUAUGUACCGUAAGGGAGGCAAAACGCGCUUUGCGCAUGGUGCGUGUGUGGUUGGGGCGCCGGGCCGCAGCCUACAGUCGCCGCCAUGGCUGCAGUGCGUGCCGCGCACGUGCGCAUGCGAUCUGCCGCUCUGGCUUCCCCAUAUGCAUGGGACGUAGAAGGGGCAGGGGUGGCCGCGGCCGGCUGUCAACCGGGUGCGGUGUGAGCGGUGGCGCUGGCGGCGGCGGCCGAGUCAGCAGGAUACCAGGUGGGAACAGCAGAGGGCUGCGAUACUGCAGCGGUGCAGGUUGAUGUGGUGAUGCCGUGGGGUGGAGUUGCCGCCCCGUCAUAGGACUGAGUGGGUCGCUGAUGAGCGUUUGAGGAGCACUACCAGCACUUGCAAAGCAUGGACGAGUCUCACGACACGCCAGCCUUCCCCUGCCGUCAUCCUGGGUGUCCGGGAUGGAUCGACACGUGGAAGCUCGUCCGGCACGCGCACGCGGUGCUUGCGGAAUUGAUACCUGAUUCGAUAUCCGUUGAAUGGCUAAUGCGCUGGAAGCGUGUUGGCGCCGAUUGAGAUGCCCGAGGAACACGAGCUGAGGUCAAGCGCAGGCCAAGUUUCUUUCAAAUGGCACGUGAAAGCUGCAGUGCACUUGGAUAAUUGCUGUCGCUCUCACGUGUGCUGUUCGGAAGAGGCACUCGUUUGCGAGCCGGCCUUCAACCGUCGCCGGAAACCUUUUUGCAACGGACCCUCUUGGAAACUAACAAAUUGUGCAAGGUGGUACACAUUACAAGAGUCUGU